UGAUGCAGGUGACAGAGUUACCCCAGCUGUAGUUGCUUAUUCAGACAAUGAAGAGGUUGUUGGACUGGCAGCCAAACAAAAUAGAAUAAGAAAUAUUUCAAAUACUGUAAUAAAAGUAAAGCAGCUCCUUGGCAGAAGCUAGAAAUGCGGUCCUCGGACCUGGCUUCUGUGCAAUUAAUAGCCGUAAGAGGGAAGAAUUGGUUGGCUGCUGGAAAUAUACUGAGAGCACACAGAGUGUACCCAUACCUUCAAAUUUGCACCUUGCUGCCUGGGAGCGUGCUUCAGUAACCAUCCUUCCCAACUCACUAUGGCCAGUGCCAGUAGCAGUGCAGGCAUCCGAUGGUCCAGACAGGAGACACGAACUCUUUUGUCCAUACUUGGGGAGGCGGAGUAUAUCCAGCGCCUCCAGACUGUGCACCAUAAUGCAGAUGUCUAUCAGGCUGUUUCUAAACGAAUGCAACAGGAAGGCUUCCGCCGCACAGAACGUCAGUGCCGCUCCAAGUUUAAAGUGCUGAAGGCAUUAUACUUAAAGGCCUAUGUUGCUCAUGCCACCAGUGUGGGUGAUCCACCUCGCUGUCCAUUUUAUGAUACGUUGGAUCAGCUUCUCCGUAAUCGGAUAGUGACUGAUCCCAACAACUUAAUGGAGGCUGCUGCUUGGGCCAAGCACUGUGAUCAGAACAUAAUGGCCUCUGACAAGCCAGGGGAAGAGGGAGCCAACGUUCUGAAGGUAAAAGAAACUCGGGCAGCUGAUCGCCAAUCUGCCUUGAAAACAGUGCAGAAAUCAGAUGAGGAUUGUCAGCUGAGAAUGAGUGGCCGGAUGCAAGAAACCAGUGACCUUGAGGAAUCCUGGGAUGAAUCCUCGGGCACAGGGUGCUCUCAAGGGACCCCCACCUACAGCACUUCCCACAAACUUUUCCGAGCUGCAGUUGCUCCUUGUGAGAGCAGCCCCGUGACCAGACGGGGUGUGUUCAACGAGCCCAGUCCUUGCACUAGCUCCAGCCGUAACUCCCCCGAUGUAGCCUCCACCCCGCGGCCUCCAGUCUCCUUUUCCAGAGUUGGUUUUGUUUCUGGAGGGCAUAGGCCUUUGACCAGUGAACCCCCUCCAAAGUGGGCAAGGCGAAGAAGGCGGUCAGUGGCCAGGACAAUUGCAGCUGAGUUGGCAGAAAACAGGAGACUGGCACGAGAACUUUCAAAGCGUGAGGAAGAAAAACUGGACAGGCUGAUUGCUAUUGGUGAGGAAGCCAGUGCUCAGCAAGACGCUGCCAAUGAGCUUCGCAGAGAUGCUGUCGUCGCGGUCCGCCGUCUGGCCACAGCCGUGGAAGAGGCAACUGGUGCUUUUCAGCUAGGGCUUGAAAAAUUGCUUCAAAGGCUGAUUUCAGACACCAAAACCUAGCAACUGUUGUCAUCUGACAUUCUGGUUCCUUUUUUGUCUCCGCAGGG